AAUCUGUGUGAUGAGUGUUAGUUGUUUGAAGCCUCUCAAAGAAUACGGACAAAUACUACUGGCAGUAAAAAUGUGGUGCAGCGUUGUAUUCCUAGUUUUGAUUAGCAUUACAAUAGGUGCAACAAAAAAUAUCGUAUGCUAUUACGACAGCCGAGCAGCAAACUACGUGUCGGCAACGUUUCCCAAAAACAUCAGUUCAACAAGUUGCACUCAUUACGUCUACGAUGGGGUUGGUGUAACGGCCCAAGGCGAUAUUCGCAUAUUGAGCAACUACGACACAGCAUCUGGAUUUGACGAGUUUCAGAACAUACACAGGACCAAAAAUGUAAAACUGUACGUGCUGCUGAGUUCAGAUCGUGAUGGUGGCAAAAACUUGACCAACGCUAUUGCAGGACGGAGCGAAAAGUUAGUGAACAGUGUCGCUAUUUUUUUGGAACAGUACAACUUCGAUGGCGUGGAAAUAGACAGACGUAACAUUGAUUUCGAUAAGAGUGCUUUGGCAAGGUUUGUCAACAGGCUACGUUCGAGAUUGUACAUGAUUAACAAGCAACUGUCCGUGUCCGUUUCGGCGCAAUUCGCUGAUGCGUACGAUAUCACUUCGCUAAGCUUGUAUGCUGAUAUGAUAAAUCUUCAUGCUUAUAAUUUCACGACCAACACUGCUAAUACUGUCGCAAAUUUGGCACCAUUAUUCUCGAGUACACCAAACAACGUUAUCAGUGUGAACUCAACGGUAACAUCUUGGCUAGCGGCUGGUGCUCGCCGGAAUAAAGUGAACCUCGUGGUAGCCACUUUCGGUCGCACAUACGUCCUGGCAAGCGAGGAUCAGCGUGCGGUGGGCGCUCGGAGCACUGGACCUGGCGAGGCAGGUUUCAAUACAAAACGCCCCGGACUUAUCGCUCGUUACGAAUUUUGCAAUAUCGCUGGUGAAUACAAUUCCGCUAGCGAUAGCGUUACGGCUACAACCUAUUACUUCAAGGGAAAAAGUUGGAUUGGAAUCGAAACGGAGGACACGUUGGUGCAGAAGUUCACCUAUGUACUCGAUAGUUCACUGGGCGGUGUAGCCAUCUUUACACUUGACCUGGAUGACACGAGCAACGCGUGUGGUAACGGAGCCUAUCGCGUAUCUGAUCUAGCCUAUCAGUACUUUGGAUCGGAAUAGCAGGCAAACAUCUAAAUUGUUUAGCAACUGGAUCGUAGGCUGACUCGUGCAAUAAAUGUCUCCUUAGAAGUCUCAUUCAUUCAA